AUGCAAUUACAAUCGAUCCUUUUCACCCUACUUACCCUAGCGGGCUAUACGCAAGCGGUUGAAAGAUCACUCGACAUCUACAGCAAGUCUGUCAAAUCAGGUUCCAUAGUCAGUUUGGGCCAGAUCAAGUAUGACACGAUUACCAAUACGACCAAGUACCUUGCCACAAACGACUUACCCAGCCAUGAUAGCAUAUGCAUAGGUACAAAGCAGCUUCCAAGUAAAGAGUGCUUUACAUAUCUCGAAACUACCGAGACCACACCUAAGGGUAAAUUCGCCUUGUUCUUGAAUGGCGAUAGAGAGCUCACGGAGAUUGCUCUUUAUGCCGGGGAAGAAGAUUGGGACAGUGAAUUGAUUGAGUCAUCUUCAGCUCCUUUGCCUAACUUGAAACCAUUCAUCAGACAGAAGCAAAAACCGAAAGCAGAGCCAGUGAAACAAAAAGUCAUCCGGAAGAAGACUGUUGAGAUAGACGGUAAGAAGACUGAAAUUGAAGAGGUGAUUGAAGAAGUGAUUGAGGAGGAUGACAGACUGUGGUUGCAGAAGAACUGGAUGUGGAUUGUUGUCCCACUCGGCCUCUUCUUAAUCAUGGCGCCUGAGGAAGAGAAGAAGGAAAACUAA